CUGGCUGCUCUGAAAAGCCAUCAUUGCAUUGUUCCCGGUCCGGCUCUCUGCUCGCCGCAGCCACCUCUGCCGCGGACUCCGGCAGCUUUAACGCCAGAGUCCUCAAACUCUCGUGUUCCACUUAGUCCCUUGCACCGAAACACCGGCGUGCCCCACCAUGUCAGACGCAGCCGUGGACACCAGCUCCGCGAUCACCACCAAGGACUUAAAGGAGAAGAAGGAAGUUGUGGAGGAGGCGGAAAAUGGAAGAGACGCCCCUGCUCAUGGGAAUGCUAAUGAGGAAAAUGGGGAGCAGGAGGCUGACAGUGCGGCAGAUGAAGAAGUGGAAGAAGGUGGAGAGGAGGAGGAGGAGGAUGGAGAGGAAGAUGAGGAAGCUGACGCCGCUACGGGCAAGCGGGCGGCUGAAGAUGGUGAGGAUGACAGUGUUGACACUAAGAAGCAGAAGACCGAUGAGGAUGACUAGACAGCAAAAAAAGCAAAAGUUAAACUAAAUAAAAAGGCCGCCGUGACCUAUUCACCCUCCACUUCCCGUCUCAGAAUGGAAACGUGGUCACCUUCGAGUAGAGAGGCCCGCCCACCGCGGGCAGUGCCACCCACAGGUGACACGCGCUCUCCACCACCCCACCAAAACCAUGAGAAUUUGCAACAGGGGAGGAAAAAAGAACCAAAAUUUCCAAGGCCCUGCUUUUCUUCUUAAAAGUACUUUAAAAAGGAAAUUUGUAUUUUUAUUUACAUCUUAUAUUUUUGUACAUAUUGUUAGGGCUCAGCCAUUUUUAAUGAUCUCGGAUGACCAAACCAGCCUCCGGAGCGUUCUCUGUCCUACUUCUGACUUUAUAGUGACCAUGUUCACUAUAAUCUCAAAGGCGAAAAAAAACUUUGUAAAAAAAGCAAAAACAACAAAAAAAAAUCUUAUUCCGAGCAUUCCAGUAACUUUUUUUGUGUAUGUACCUAGCUGUACUAUAAGGCGUUGGUUUGUAUGAGAUGGUUAAAAAGGCCAAAGAUAAAAGGUUUCUUUUUUUUCCUUUUUUGUCUGUGAAGUUGCUGUUUAUCUUUUUGGCCUGUUUGAUGUAGGUGUGAAACAAUGUUGUC